AUGGAAAAUAACUUAUUUACACAGAGCUUAUAUUUUAAAGGAUUCAACAAAAAAAAAAUAAAUUAUUCAAACGUGAAUGAAAACACAAAAUUUGCAAGUUCAGACAAGUAUAAUUUGAAUAUAUCUAAGUCAGUGACACCCAUGAAAAAUAUGAACGAAGACAGCAAUUUGCGUACAUUGAAUGCACAAAAUUUAAACUCACACUUAAAUGCUACAUAUCAAUCCUUAAAAAAUAUGAAUAAUGAAAAUGAUUAUGUAGUUAAUGCACUAACAAAACCACUAAAUUUUAGUACUAUGCAUGGAAAUUCGUCUUAUCAAAGUAAUAAUUUGUCAUUUAUAAAUAACAAUAAUAUGAAUGGUAAUUUAAGUAAUAACAAUUUAAAUAGCACUUAUAAUUUUAGCCAAAAUGCAAUAUCAAACCAAAUGAAUGAUAUCAAUAAUUUAAAUAAUAAUGUAUAUAGAGAUAUAAAAAGUUUAGACAAAGUAGACCUUAACAGCUUGAAUAUAAACUCAUUCAGUAAUAGCAGAAAUAUAAAUAUGAAGAAUAAUGACUACAUGUUAACAGGUGCUCAUCAAAAGUUCAGUUACGUAAAUAGUAAGGAAAUUAAUACUGAUGACAAAUUGGGGCGUGAUAAAAUUAGUCAUAGUAAAGUUAAUGGUAUCAGUGUCAAUCAAGCCAAUGUCAGCCGCGCCAAUAUCAACAGCUCCAUUCUCAACAAUAACAAAAUAAACAAUAACAAAAUUAAUAUUAACAAUUGCAGUGCCGAUCUUAAAGAUGAUUGCUUGAAUGCGUACAGCAUAAACCUGAACGCAGGAAAUAUAGCAUCACUCGGUAAUAAUAAUGUGAGUAGUAGUACCUACGAAGUUAGUAAUCAUGUUAACAACAAUUUGAAAGAAAGCAUGUAUAAUAGCAUGUAUAACCAUGCCAAUCAGAGCAAUGCUAAUAUGAAUAGUAUAAAUUUUAAUAAUAUAAAAAACAAUUUAAGCAAUUUUAUGAAUCCCAGGAUGUUGAUUGGAAGGAAUGUACCAAGAAGCAAUUUUAACAAUGAUCUCAUGGUUACAAAUUCUUUAAUCAAUAAAAUGGAAGAUGCUGUAAAUAGUAGUAAUAACAUCGGCAGUGGUAACGUCAUUAGUAGCAGCGGUAAUAAUAAAGGCACCAGCUUGAAGCUGUUUGACAGUAACUUGAACAAACUGAAAGAAACAGAAACUGCAUCUAGCAUUGUUAACACUCAGCUUAGUCAUAAUAUUUCCCUAAAUUCUUUUGCGAAUACUUUAAACAGUCACCCUAGUAAUAACAAUAAUAGUAACCAUACUGGAAGUGGUAUUAAUAGCAGCAGCUGCAACCAGUUCGGUAAUUUGAACAAUAAACUGAGCGCAUAUAACAUUUCUCUUGCUCCUAAUGCUAACAUUGUAGGUAGUAACAGUGUCUUAAAGAAUGUAUUAAACAACACGGUCAAUAACAAAAUGAACAUUCCCACCAUACAUGUUCAGGGAGGAGGAAACCUCACUACUUUUAAUAAAAAUAUUAUGAACAGUUCAUCCAUUAUGAAUAGUAAUACUAAUAAUAAUACCAGUAAUAAUAAUACCAGUAAUAAUAAUAAUGAUAAUAAUAAUAAUAAUAUCACGGCGGAUUCAAUUAUGAAUCAGUUUGCAAGCGUGAAUAGUAGUAGAGGCAAUGUAAAUAAUUUAAGUAGUGAUAUUAACUUGGCCUCUUUCUCUAACUUGCCAAAUAAUACAAAUAUAGCAAAUAUGUCAAACAUGACCAAUAUGGUCAGUAUACCCAAUUUGAAUAAAUCGAAUAGCAAUUUUUUGAAUUUGACUCGAACGACAAAAGGGAUCAGUGACAGCAACUACUUAAACGUAAGGGCAGAUGUAAAUAAUUAUAAUUUUAUGAAUGAUAAGGAAAAUAUAAAAGAUUUCAAUAGUAUAAACGAUACUAAUAAAAAUAGUAUACUUAAUAAAGCUCCUUCAAAUAUAAACAGUAUAAGUUUGUUUAACAACAACAUUAAUUUACUAAAAAAAAACAUCACUGGAAUGGAAGGCCCGGGGGGGAUGAGUGGAGCAGUAGGCAUGAACAACAUGAACAGCAUAAACAGCAUGAACAGCAUGAACAACAUGAACAACAUGAACAGCAUGAACAACAUGAACAACAUGAACAACCUGAACAACCUGAACAACCUGAACAACCUGAACAACCUGAACAACAUGGGUGGCAUAAAUUAUAUGAACAGCUACAAGGGACUGGGUACGUUUAAAGGGGAGAAGGAAUUGAAGUUAAACGAAUCUAACAUUGCAGACAUAGGUAAAGAUAUUGUAAUUAACAAAAACAGGCAUGUUGAUAGUAUUGUGCUUAAAAAUAAUAUGAUCCAUAAUAAUAUUAGUACUGAUAAUUAUGAAAACUUAUUAAAACAAUUAUGUACACCUAUAAAAAAUAGGUCAGCAAAUAAUAACAUCGAAAAUUUUAAUGAUGCCAUAAAUUUAGAAGAACUUAAUAAUGAAAAUAAUAAUAUAUCUGUUAAUGAAAACGUGGCAACUUCUGGGAAUUCCAUGUUGAACAGUAUUACAGUGGUUAGAAAUGGGGAUGAUGAAUUGUCCUUUUUGGCAAAGAAGAGCAACAGUAAUGGAAAUGUUAAUAACAGCGGAAGCAAUGACGUAGUUAACAAUAGUGAGCUUCUCCUCCUUAACAACACAGAGGGGAACUUUAACCCAUACAUGCAAAGGGAAUGGAGUAACAGCAGUAGCAAUAGAAAUAGUAAUAAUAUAUACGAACUGAAGAAGUUGAAUUUGUUCGCUGAGAGUAAAAAAAGAGACAAAGAAAACAAACAUGAAAAUAAAUUAAACAAAAUGAAAAAGUGCAGAACUAAAGUAUUCUUUUAUAUAAAUCCGAAAUAUAUUAUUGAACCGUUAAAAAGAAAGAUAUACCAAAAUAUGUCUGUUUAUAUUGAAAAUUUAAUAAGUGAUGUUAAAGCAAUAGAAAAUAAAAACAGAGCAGAAAUUUUAACAGACUUACAUAACACACCUUGGUUUUGCAUGAUUUUUGAUUUUGAUGGAAUUAGCAAAUUGCUCAAUGUGUUCAAUAAGUAUUUAAUUUAUUCUGAUUCAUUGAUCAUUCCGGAUACCCUCAUACCGAAUAAGCUGGAUGGGGACAAAGCAACUACCGCAUCUGUUGAUGCUACCACUGGAAGGAAUCAUGACGAAGAGAAGAGUAUCAUAAGUAAUGAAAAUGGGCAGAUGGAGCAGACCGGGCAGAUAGAACAGAACGGGCAGAUGGAGCAGAACGGGCAGAUAGAACAGAACGGGCAGAUAGAACAGAACGGGCAGAUAGAACAGAACGGACAAAUCGAGCAGAACGAGCAGAAUGGUCAAAAUUGCCAAAAUGGUCAAAGUGCAUACAUGCAAAACUUUAAUUACUUCUUUGAAAAGAGCGACAAGUUGGACGUGUUAAAAAGAAAGAUAUUCGAAUACGAAAAUAAUAUAAUAGAGAAUGUGGAAAAGUUAAACUACUUAAAAGAGCUGUGCAUUUCUUUAAAGGAGCAAGUUAAUAUAAAAAAGAAAAAACUAAUAUUGUUAAUAGAAAAAGCAAAAUUAAAGAAUUAUACUUAUAAGAGUAAAGAUUUACAGACCAUCCUUGAUAUUGAAAAAAGCUGCUUAACAAAAGGAGAUCAGUUAAGUCUAAAUAAUGAAUAUUAUAAUAUAUUUAAAAAAAUUAAUGAAGGCUUGAAUUAUUUAAAAAAAUAUUCAAAUAUAAUAAUAUCAAACCAGAUCAUACAUAAUGAAAUAUUAAAUAAUGAUGACAGUAUUAAUUAUUGCAAAUCCACUAUAUCAACUGAAGAUUUGAGUUGUGAACAUAAUUUGAAUGAAGAAGACGAGGAGGAUGAUGAUUAUGAUGAUGAAGGUAUUAGUAAUAUGCAUGUAUCACCAAACAAUCAGAAAAAUAAAAGAAAACAUGUAAACACAAAUGAAGAGCAUUUGUUAAAAAAGAACAAUGCAUUAGAAAAGGUAGACGACCAUAUAGAUAAAGAAGUACAUAAAAAAAGAAAAACCAUAAACCAAAUAAAAAAUCUGCAGUGGGAAAGAGAGGAUAACGAAGAAUGGGUCGAUGAGUUUUUGGAGGAUUUUUAA